AUCUAUACAAAAAACAGAGAGCUCUCUCUCUUUGUGUGAAUAUAUUUGUUUGCUUUUUGAGACAAAAAGAUGACAAAGAGUUUUGUAGUGAAAGCCACACUGUAAACCAGUUUUUCACUUUCCAUCACUUUUGAUUGAUUGUUAGGGUUUUCUUGUUUUUCUUUUUCUUUCUUUUUUUUCCUUGUUGUGUUUCUGUCUGGUGAAUUGUGAAGUGGGGUGCUGUUAUUUUGUUCUUGGUGUUGGAGAAACAGUGUAAAGGUGGAAUCUUUUGAUUUUUUGGAGCAAAAUUACCGAGUUUCUUGAUUUUGGGAAGAAAAGUUUGGAUUUUUGGGUUGAUUUUGAACUCAAAGUGAGUCAAGAUUACUGGUAACCUUAAUAAUUUUGGUGAAGCGGGGUAUUUUUUGUGUUUAAUGGAUGAUUAGGAGGGAAUUUCCUGUUUUGAAGUGGUCAAAUUGAAGAAAAUGAGGAGUUUUGGGUUCAAUUUAGUCAAGUUGUUUUAAAUUAUGUGGUAAUUCAAUACCCUUUCUUGAGUUUUAGAGGCCUGAAACUUUCAAGAAAAUUUGACUUUUUUGGGACUUGAAUUUUGAGAUGCUUUUGCUGAGAGAGUACUAUGUACUUAUAAUUGGUAUCUCUUGAGAUAGAUUUCUUUGUUGAACAGAUAUAGAAAGCAUAUUUUUCAUUGCAAGUGUGAAAACAAGUCAUCCUAAUGGGGAAAUAAGUAGUAUUUAUGAGCUAAAGAGUUGGUUUUGAAUUGAUUGUCAUAUCUGUAAAAUUCUGUUGAAAUCAAGAUGAUUACUUUUAUGGAUCCAAAGGACAAAGUGAAGGAAAUAGAUAAGUGCUUAGAUUCUCAACUAUGGCAUGCUUGUGCUGGUAGUAUGGUACAAAUGCCCCCAAUUAGUUCAAAAGUGUUUUACUUUCCUCAAGGACACUCGGAGCACGCCUGUGGAAAUGUCGAUUUUAGGAGCUCCAACAUUAGGAUUCCAUCUUAUAUUCCGUGUAAAGUCUCGGCUAUUAAAUAUAUGGCAGAUCCUGAGACUGAUGAGGUUUUCGCCAAGAUUAGGUUGAUUCCUGUUGGUAGGAAUGAAGUUGAACUUGAUGAUGAUGGGGUUGUUGGGAUGAACGGUUCGGAUAACCAAGAUAAACCUGCUUCAUUUGCAAAGACAUUGACACAAUCUGAUGCAAAUAAUGGUGGUGGUUUUUCUGUUCCGAGGUAUUGUGCAGAGACGAUCUUUCCUCGUUUGGACUACUCUGCGGAUCCUCCUGUUCAGACCAUCCUUGCUAAGGAUGUUCACGGGGAGACGUGGAAAUUCAGACAUAUUUACAGGGGUACGCCAAGGCGCCAUCUUUUAACAACAGGAUGGAGUACUUUUGUGAACCAUAAAAAGCUUGUUGCUGGCGAUUCCAUUGUGUUCUUGAGAGCCGAAAACGGGGACCUUUGUGUAGGCAUUAGGCGGGCAAAGAGGGGAAUUGGAGGUGGACCUGAGACUUCUUCUGGCUGGAAUCCGGCUGGUGGGAAUUGUAUGGUACCAUAUGGAGGGUUUUCCAGUUUUCUCAGGGAAGACGAGAAUAAAUUAAUGAGAAAUGGGGGGAAUGGAAACAGUAGUGGGAAUUUGAUGAACAGGGGAAAGGUGAAGGCAGAAUCAGUCAUUGAAGCUGCAAGUUUUGCAGCCAGUGGACAGCCAUUUGAGGUGAUCUACUAUCCUCGUGCGAGCACUCCAGAAUUCUGCAUUAAGGCCUCGCUUGUGAAGUCUGCGUUGCAGAUCCGUUGGUGCUCGGGGAUGAGGUUCAAGAUGCCUUUCGAAACUGAAGAUUCUUCAAGGAUAAGCUGGUUCAUGGGAACUAUAUCUUCAGUCCAGGUUGCCGAUCCUAUGCGAUGGCCAGAUUCACCGUGGAGGCUUCUUCAGGUGACGUGGGACGAACCUGAUCUGCUUCAAAAUGUGAAACGUGUCAGCCCAUGGCUUGUGGAGUUAGUCUCAAACAUGCCUACCAUUCAUCUUUCUCCCUUCUCACCCCCACGAAAGAAACUAAGAUUACCUCAACAUCCAGAUUUUCCUCUUGAUGGCCACCACCUUCCUAUGCCGGCUUUCUCCGGCAACCACCUCCUAGGGCCUAAUAGCCCCUUUGGUUGUCUUCCUGACAACACCCCUGCUGGCAUGCAGGGAGCCAGGCAUGCUCAAUAUGGUUUAUCAUUAUCAGAUAUCCACCUCAAUAAGUUGCAUUCUAGUUUGUUUCAUGUUGGUUUUCCGCCACUUGAUCAGGCUGCAGCACACCCUAGACCCCCGAAUAGUCCAAUGAUACGCAAGCCAUGCAACAGUGAGAAUAUUUCUUGCUUGCUAACCAUGGGAAAUUCUACUCAGGACACUACGAAGAAAUCUGAUAUUGGGAAAGCACCACAACUCGUGCUUUUCGGUCAACCUAUACUUACUGAGCAGCAGAUCUCACUUAGCUGCUCGGGAGAUACUGUUUCUACUGUUCGUACAGGGAAUAGUUCCUCGGACGGGAAUGCAGAUAAAAUAGGUAAUGUUUCUGAUGGCUCAGGCUCUGCACUUAAUCAACGUGGUCUAACGGAAAGCUCACCACGUGACACAUUUCAGUCCGAACCAAAUACUGAGAUUGGACACUGCAAGGUUUUUAUGGAAUCAGAAGAUGUAGGUCGCACUCUGGAUCUUUCAUCGAUAGGAUCUUAUGAGGAGUUAUGCAGGAAAUUGGCAAAUAUGUUUGGCAUUGAAAACUCAGAGAUGCUUAGUCAUGUGCUUUACCGAGAUAUCACUGGCACAGUCAAGCAACUUGGUGACGAACCAUAUAGCGACUUCAUCAGAACAGCACGAAGGUUAACAAUUCUAACAGAUUCAAGCAGCGACAAUGUAGGACUCAGGGAAUAGAGAGGAUGAGUAAAUCUCCACUUUCCUUUCGAGCUGUACAGCUGGAUGAUCGAGUCCUCUGUUCCUAACAUUUUAACGAUUUCGGACAUGCUAAAGAAGAUAUUUACCAAGUUCGAGAGUGAAGUUUGCGGUUCAGCAAAAUUUUCAGUUCGAACGCUGUUUUUCUCAAGGACAGUAUGCUUACUUUCUAGGUUUCUUGGAAUUGUUUCUGAGUUUUGUUUCGACAAUACCUACAAAGAACAAGAGGGGCUUGCUUUUUGUAGGCUUUGUCUGCUGAUUUUAGAAUUUGUUAAUGGAAAGCCUUCUAAGAAGGCUAAGUAAUGCUACUUCUAGUUUUUUGUUUAGUUUGUACAAGGAAAAAUCUGUUAUUGUUUUCUAUCUAUUGCAUACAGUUAAAAACUUGAGAAACUAUAAACUUAGUUUGUUUAGGCUGCUUA